AUGAGAGAGACGAUUUCCUUGCUUCUACUCUUCCUUCUCCUUUCAUCUCCUCUUUCCUCUUCCUCCACUCUUGAGUUCAGAGACUCUCUCUCUGAUCUCUCUCAACAGAGCACCCAACAUUGCUCAAAUUUGAAAUCCACAGACAAGUUCCUUUGCGAGCUCACUGGUGCAAUAGAUGCUCAAGGCCCACGCUCACCCAGUGCUCCCCCACUGCUAAAUUCCACUUGCAAAUUCAAAGAAGAUUGUGUCUAUAGCACCUACUACCCCUAUGCCACUCCCCCUUCUCCAGAGCUCGAGACCAUUCUCGAUAAGUAUGUAGCCAUGCGUGAACGAUGUCUAGCCAAGGACUCUGAUACCCUAUUGGACACCUUCCAUUCAUCUGAGCGCCCAAAUUGCCAAUAUGUUAUAUGGAGGCAAACCAACGCAGGCUUUGGUAAUCGAAUCAUAUCCUUGAUCUCCACCUUCCUGUAUUCAAUUUUUUCAGCUCGUGUCCUUCUUGUUGAUUACCCAAACUGGAACGAUCUCUUCUGUGAGCCCUUUGCAAGGUCCAGCCUUAGAGUCCCUCAGGGCUAUCCUUUAGACUAUAGCCUCGGUGCAUCAUACUUGCAAUAUCUCGAUGCCAAGUGUGGAUCACCAAGGGGUAAUGCUGGUAGCAGUCCAUGCAACCAGACAAUUGUUCAUCUCAUAUUAGACCAUGCGUCUCCUAUUCGUGAGUACGACUCUGUACUGUGCCCGUUGGGCUAUUCAAGACUAAGGAACAUUCCCUUUGUGAUGAUUAGGGAUAGUAACCAAUACUUUGUCCCAGGUUAUUAUGCAAACCCUGUGCUAAGACCAUUGAUGGACUUGCUAUUCCCUGAGAGAAACAUAUUUCAUGUGCUCUCAAGGUUCCUGCUCUUCCCUAGUGAUGCAAUGUGGGGUUCUAUUAGGCUCUAUCUUGAUGUCCAUGCUAGCCGGCGUGUGGGUCUCCAAAUUAGGGAGUUCAAAAUAGGUAAGUACACAACAGAAUAUGAUGACAACAUAGUUAGAUGCUUAAGGGAAAGGGGUGGCCUUCUACCUAAAAGAUUUAGGAAGAGAGUAUGUGAAGAUGAGUACUUGGCCAUCCAUGUCGCCACUCUAGAGAAAGGUCACGUGGGAAGAAUGAACGAAACAAUGAAGAUCAUUGAGGAAGAGACUGGGAAGGAGGUCAGGGUGAAGUGGCAAGAAGUCGAGAGUCGAGAGUUGCAUGAUCUUACGCAACAGAAAGAAGCCCUUAUAGACAUGUGGGUGCUAAGUACAAGUCAUGUGUUGAUAACAAGCAUGGAGUCCACUUUUGGUUAUGUGGCCAAUGGUUUGAGUGGGGUGCCCUCAUAUUUCAUAGACAAGGAGGAGAGUGAGAGUUGUAAGGUGAACCAUGGUGUAGACCUAUGUUUCCAUCAGGCACCAAAGAUGCUAGUUUGCAGCGAUGAUGAGCCUGUGAGAUAUAGAGCAUAUGAUCUUUCUGUCAAUUCUUCAUGGAUACGGCCAUGUGUGGAUCGCCUAGUUUUUGGAUGGAGUUUAGCUGGAGAAGUUUCGUAUCCAUUGUAG